AUUUCAAACCCAAAAGAGAGAGAGAGAAAACGAAUCAGAGGAAGUGAUGAAGUAUAGAAGAAAAGGAAAAGGCUCUGAAUCGUCUUCCACUAACGAUUACUUGUAUGUAUGUUUUUAGAAUUAAAAGAUCCUUUAAAAACCAAAAAAAAAAAAAAACUUUCUCUCUCUCUCUUGACCUCAUAUUCGUUGAAUCACCCUACUGGUUUUUUUUUAAGUUCUCGCCCUAGAUCUUGAAGAAGAGGAUCAAAAUCGACUCUUUUGAGAUCUGGGUUCGGACAAAGAUUCUGUCUUUCUGCAUUCCACUGUUUCGAUUCAGCUUGAAUUUAUUCAGGAUCAAUAAAAACUCAAAUCUGUUCUUCUUCAGACAAUGUAAAAGAAGUAUGCAGAGGUAACAAAAAGAUUCAGUCUUUGUAUGCCUUUCAAUUAGAAGGGAUAAGGGAGGUGUUGGAGAUUGGUUUCAAUGGGUGAGAUGCAGAAGAUUUUGCAGGGGCCACGUCACCACACAUCUCUGAAGAAGCCCUUAUGGGUCCUUCUUACUGUUUCAGUGACCAGCAUUCUUCUGAUCUGUACUCAAAUGUUCCCACCACACGGCGAGAGGUCCUCGUGUCAUGGCCUCUAUAGCACCAGAGGCUGCGGUGAUGCUCUCUCGGCGUGGCUACCUGUUCAUGUCAGGAAAUUCACUGAUGAGGAGGUAGCAGCUCGAGCAGUGGUCAGAGACAUACUAAGAACGCCUCCCUUCUUUACCAAAAACUCCAAAAUCGCUUUCUUGUUCUUGACUCCCGGUACUUUGCCGUUUGAGAAGCUCUGGGAUGAAUUCUUCAAGGGUCAUGAAGGGAAGUUCUCUAUUUACAUCCACCCGUCAAAGGAACGGCCAGUUCACAUCAGUCGUCAUUUUUCUGAUCGGGAAAUCCAUAGUGAUGAGGUCACUUGGGGAAGGAUUUCUAUGGUUGAUGCCGAGAAGAGGUUACUGGUUAAUGCUCUUGAAGAUCCUGACAACCAACACUUCGUUCUUCUUUCAGAGAGCUGUAUACCAUUGCAUACUUUUGACUACACCUAUAGAUAUUUGCUGUACUCAAACGUCAGCUUCAUUGAGAGUUUUGUGGAUCCUGGUCCACAUGGGACCGGUAGACACAUGGAACACAUGUUACCCGAAAUUGCCAGGGAAGAUUUUAGAAAGGGUGCUCAGUGGUUCACAAUGAAGCGACAACACGCGAUUAUAGUGAUGGCUGAUGGUCUGUACUACUCAAAAUUCCGCCAGUAUUGUGGACCAGGGAUAGAGGCCGACAAGAACUGUAUUGCAGAUGAACAUUACUUGCCAACAUUCUUCAGUAUGCUUGAUCCCAUGGGGAUCUCAAACUGGUCAGUGACGUAUGUUGAUUGGUCUGAACGAAGGUGGCAUCCAAAGACUUACGGAGCAAAUGAGAUUACAUUAGAUUUCAUGAAAAAUGUCACGUCUGAGGACAUGAGUACACACGUCACAAGUGUGGGAGAGCAUGGCGAUGAGCUGCAUUGGCCUUGUACAUGGAACGGGAUUACACGGCCUUGUUAUCUGUUUGCAAGGAAGUUUCAUCCUGAUGCUCUUGACGCAUUGGUCAACCUCUUCCCUAAUUACACAAGCACAGUUGCCUGAGAGAGGAAUUCUUGAGCCGAAGCACGCGAUUCUUGGACCUAAUUAUGUCCCAUCCAGAUAUGGAUCUUUUAGAUACUGUAAAUUUUCUAAAGAAACUGAAAUGAUUCUUGGGAUUUUGAUGUUUCUUGAUGAAACUAAAUAUCAGUUAUACGCAAUUAGAACA